UGAUAACUCUUCCCAGCCUCUGGUGACUCUAAUUCUACUCUCCGUCUCCAGUAGAUUAAUUGUUGUUAAUAUUUAGUUCCCUCAUAUGAGUGAGAACAUGCGAGAUUUGUCGAGGCACCAAGUAUGUUGAGGAAAUGUACGGCAGAACAGCAGCUUCUUUUAAGGAAAAAAACUUAAUAGCUGGUAAAAGGUUCCUAUCUCUUUAAGCUGGAUAUGACGGGUAAAGUGGCAGUAGGCCCACGGAAGGUUCUCAGGUGCGUGCGCCGAGGCCAGGGCGCCUGGAUAAGCCGCACUUCACAUAAAUUUCCAGCCGCUUGAUUUGUCCCCAGUGGCGACUCGUAGAGGAAUUUGUAGCUCCCCUUCUGAUUGGCCGUGUGCUGCGCGCUCUGGCGUGCCUGGGGCUUGUGCAGGGCCGCUCGGCCGGUAGCGGAGAUGUCCAGCCGGUCCAAGCGGGAGUCUCGGGGUUCCACUCGCGGGAAGCGUGAGUCCGAGUCCCGGAGCAGCUCAGGUCGCGUUAAGCGGGAGCGAGAUCGAGAGCGGGAGCCCGAGACGACGAGCUCUCGGAACAGCCCGGUGCGCGUGAAGCGGGAGGUAGAGCCGGCGAGCGCGCGUGAGGCCCUGGCUCCUGCCUUCCCAGCGGUGCGGGUGAAACGGGAGCGUGAGGCGGACGAGGACUCGGAGCCUGAGCGGGAGGUGCGAGCGAGGAAUGGCCGAGAGGAUUCUGAGGACCGAAGGAGCCGCCAUUGCCCAUACCUGGACACCAUUAACAGGAGUGUACUGGAUUUUGACUUCGAGAAGCUGUGUUCUAUCUCUCUCUCGCAUAUCAAUGCGUAUGCCUGUCUGGUGUGUGGCAAGUACUUUCAGGGCCGGGGUUUGAAGUCUCAUGCCUACAUUCAUAGUGUCCAGUUUAGCCACCAUGUCUUCCUCAACCUCCACACUCUUAAAUUUUACUGCCUUCCAGACAACUAUGAGAUCAUCGAUUCCUCAUUGGAGGAUAUCACGUAUGUAUUGAAGCCCACUUUCACAAAGCAGCAGAUUGCAAAUUUGGACAAGCAAGCCAAAUUAUCCCGGGCAUAUGAUGGUACCACUUACCUGCCGGGUAUCGUGGGGCUGAAUAAUAUAAAGGCCAAUGACUAUGCCAAUGCUGUCCUUCAGGCUCUGUCUAAUGUUCCUCCUCUUCGGAACUACUUCCUGGAAGAAGACAAUUACAAGAACAUCAAGCGUCCUCCAGGUGAUAUCAUGUUCUUGUUGGUACAACGUUUUGGAGAAUUGAUGAGAAAGCUCUGGAACCCUCGGAAUUUCAAGGCACAUGUCUCACCUCAUGAGAUGCUUCAGGCUGUUGUCCUUUGCAGCAAGAAGACUUUUCAAAUCACUAAACAAGGGGAUGGAGUCGACUUUCUGUCAUGGUUUCUCAAUGCUCUACACUCAGCUCUGGGGGGCACAAAAAAGAAAAAGAAGACUAUUGUGACUGACGUUUUCCAGGGUUCCAUGAGGAUCUUCACUAAAAAGCUUCCUCAUCCUGAUCUGCCAGCAGAAGAAAAAGAGCAGCUGCUCCAUAAUGAUGAGUACCAGGAGACGAUGGUGGAGUCCACUUUUAUGUAUCUGACGCUGGACCUUCCUACUGCCCCCCUCUACAAGGACGAGAAGGAGCAACUCAUCAUCCCCCAGGUGCCACUUUUCAACAUCCUGGCCAAGUUCAAUGGCAUCACUGAGAAGGAAUAUAAGACUUACAAGGAGAACUUUCUAAAGCGCUUCCAGCUCACCAAGCUGCCCCCAUAUCUAAUCUUUUGUAUCAAGAGAUUUACUAAGAACAACUUCUUUGUGGAGAAGAAUCCAACUAUUGUCAAUUUCCCUAUUACAAAUGUGGAUCUGAGAGAAUACUUGUCUGAGGAGGUGCAAGCAGUACACAAGAACACCACCUACGACCUCAUCGCCAACAUUGUGCACGACGGCAAGCCCUCCGAGGGCUCCUACCGGAUCCACGUGCUUCAUCAUGGGACCGGCAAGUGGUAUGAAUUACAGGACCUCCAGGUGACUGACAUCCUUCCCCAAAUGAUCACGUUGUCGGAGGCUUACAUUCAGAUAUGGAAGAGGCGAGAUACUAAUGAAACCAACCAGCAGGGGGCUUGAAGAAGGCAUUUAGGGCUUUGCCCUAAGGACUUGGCUGACAGUGGUACAUUAGCAUACAGAAACUGUAGCUGAAUGUAAGCUGGCAGGUCCUGGGGCCAGCCCAGUUUGUUUAAGUUCUGACCAUCUGCCUGGGAUGACGCUACCCUAAAACAGCUGUUCUUUGAUCAAUUUAUUGUAAUUGAUGCUCCUUUCUCCUUCCUGUCACACUCCUAGCUUCAGUAGGGCAGAACUCUUUUCCAGAUGUACAUAACUUACUUCUGAGUAGCUGGGAGUAGCUGAAGGACGGAUCAUUUCUUUGAAACAUCAUGCUUUGGGAUUCUAGGAGUAAACAUGAAGCUAGUGACAGCCAUUUGUUAUAUAGUUAGAUAACUUUUGCUGUGAAUCCUGUCACUUCCUGAUGUACUUUUUGGAGUGGAAUAAAUAUUUCCCUGUUUGUAAACCAGCCUCUUAUUUUAUAUACUUACUUUGGCUAUUGGCUAAAGGAGAGAAUUAUUUUCCUUUUUAAUCUUCAUAAAUUCUUCACCCUACAGUCUGUCAUCUGGUGGAUAUCAUGUAUGUCUCUUCCUGUCAGCUUGUGUGUGAUGUGUCAGUUAGGAUGUAUUUGUUUCUGAGUAACAAAAUAACCUAUUAAAAGUGAUAAGUUAUUAUUGUGCUUAACUAGAAGGCCGGAGGUGGGCAGUUUCAGGCUGCGGUGCAGGUCUGUGCAAGGGGAGAGAGAAGAAAGGAAACAGGAAAAACUCAACUAUAGUACAGUUCUGAGAAAGUUGUCAACCAAAGAUUGCCUGUGGGAAGAACCAGGCAGAAAUGGCUCCUAUCAAGCUCAGUCAUUGGCUCUGAGCAGCCUGGAGGAGAUGUGGCCUGUCCUGAGCAUCCUGGCAGGUCCACAGCUGUGGGAGGUUUGUAGGCACUGCAGCCAGAGACCAGCAGUCUGUGAGUUCUUCUGGAGGGAGGGAGAUAGGAGCGCUGCGCCACUCUUUUUUGUUGUUGUUACGAUUAUUAUUUUUAUUGUUUUCUCCAAGUGACAAUAAAUACUCUGUAUUGACAGGAUAUCUUAAAA